CCUUCUCAGUAUCAGCAGCAGACACGUCAGAGAUGGAGAAGGCCUUACCAGUGCAGCUGCUGCACAUGCUGGAGGAUUUGGGGAAAGAGGAGCUGGAAUGUUUCCAGUGGUACCUGCACAAUGAACCUGGAGAUGAUUUCAUGACCAUCAAAAAGUGCCAUCUGGAGAACGCGGACAGACGGCAAACAGUAGAUGUGAUGGUGCAGGCGUAUUCAGACCAUGCGAUGGAGGUGGCGAGGUCGAUUUUAAGGAAGAUAAAUAAAAGUCAGUCAGAGGAAAAAGAAACAAACACUAAGUACGGAAGGCCCUCAGCCCAGGAUGCUUCAUCAAUUUCAUCAGAAGAGGCUCUCCAAGAGUGUCAGUUUAAACUCAAGUCUAACUUGAAGGAGAAGUACCAGUGUGUGUUUGAGGGCAUCGCUAAAGCAGGAGAGUCAACCCUUCUGAAUCAGAUCUACACAGAGCUCUACAUCGCAGAGGGAGGGAUUGCAGAGGUCAAUUAUGAACAUGAGGUCAGACAGAUUGAAACAGCAUCCAGGAAACCAGACAGACCAGAAACAAGAAUCAGACAAGAAGACAUCUUUAAAGCCUCACCUGGAAGAGAUAAACUAAUCAGAACAGUGUUGACAAAGGGAGUGUCUGGCAUUGGGAAAACAGUCUUAACACAGAAAUACACCCUGGACUGGGCUGAAGACAAAGCCAACCAGGACAUCCAGUUCAUAUUUCCAUUCACUUUCAGAAAGCUGAAUGUGCUGAAAGAGGAAAAGUUCAGCUUGGUGGAACUUGUUCAUCACUUCUUUACUGAAACCAAAGAAGCAGGAAUCUGCAGCUUUGAAGACUUCCAGGUUGUGUUCAUCUUUGAUGGUCUGGAUGAGUGUCGACUUCCUCUGGACUUCCACAAAACUACAAUCCUAACUGACCCUAGAAAGUCCACCUCAGUGGAUGUGCUGCUGAUAAAUCUGAUCAGGGGUGAACUUCUUUCCUCUGCUCACCUCUGGAUAACCACACGACCUGCAGCAGCCAAUCAGAUCCCUCCUAAAUGUGUUGGCAGGGUGACAGAGGUCAAAGGGUUCACCGACCCACAGAAGGAGGAGUACUUCAGGAAGAGAUUCAGAGAUGAGGAGCGGGCCAGCAGGAUCAUCUCCCACAUCAAGACAUCACGAAACCUCCACAUCAUGUGCCACAUCCCAGUCUUCUGCUGGAUCACUGCUACAGUUCUGGAGGAUGUGCUGGAAACCAGAGAGGGAGGACAGCUGCCCAAGACCCUGACUGAGAUGUACAUCCACUUCCUGGUGGUUCAAGCCAAAGUGAAGAAGGUCAAAUAUGAUGGAGGAGCUGAGACAGAUCCACACUGGAGUCCAGAGAGCAGGAAGAUGAUUGAGUCUCUGGGAAAACUGGCAUUUGGUCAGCUACAGAAAGGAAACCUGAUCUUCUAUGAAUCAGACUUGACAGAGUGUGACAUCGAUAUCAGAGAAGCCUCAGUGUACUCAGGAGUGUUCACACAGAUCUUUAAAGAGGAGAGAGGACUGUACCAGGACAAGGUGUUCUGCUUCAUCCAUCUGAGUGUUCAGGAGUUUCUGGCUGCUCUUCAUGUUUAUCUGACUUUCGUCAGCUCUGGAGUCAAUCUGCUUAAAAAACAACAACCAAAACCAUGGUCUAAUUUAUUUAAAAAGAAAAUUAGUUUGAAAUCUUUCCACCAGAGCGCUGUGAACAAGGCUUUAAAGAGUCCAAAUGGACACCUGGAUUUGUUCCUCCGCUUCUUCCUGGGUCUUUCACUGCAAACCAAUCAGACACUCCUACAAGGCCUUUUGACACAGACAGGAAGUAGCUCACAGACCAGUCAGGAAACAGUCCAGUACAUCAAGAAGAAGCUCAGUAAAAAUCUGUCUUCAGAGAAAAGCAUCAAUCUGUUCCACUGUCUGAAUGAACUGAAUGAUCGUUCUCUAGUGGAGGAGAUCCAACAGUCAUUGAAAUCAGGAAGUCUCUCCACAGAUAAACUGUCUCCUGCUCAGUGGUCAGCUCUGGUCUUCAUCUUACUGUCAUCAGAAAAAGAUCUGGAUGUGUUUGACCUUAAGAAAUACUCUGCUUCAGAGGAGGCUCUUCUGAGGUUGCUGCCAUUGGUCAAAGCCUCCAACAAAGCUCUGUAAGAACAUCUGUACUCACUUUACUUUUAACAUCCAAUUGUGCCAGUAAUUUAUUUCACCAGGCUUUCUGUCUUUGUAUGAAUUUGUACCCUAAAGUUUUGGAAUUUCUCCAAUACAACUGUAACUUCUUUGA